CAAAGCAAGGUCUGUGUUGUAUGUGUCUGUAACAUUAGCUCGCUGUAUUGCAAAUAGACUGGAAGCUCGUUCGACCGUGCAGGUAUGUCAAGCAUUAAGCUGAUAUCUGCAGCUGACACACAGUAUUCAGGGUCAUUACUGAAGUCCUUCAAUGACCAGAGGAUUAAUGGAUUGUUCUGUGAUGUCACUAUAAUUGUGCAGAACCGGAAAUUUAAAGCCCACAGGAACAUCUUGUCAGCGUCCAGUACUUACUUCCAUCAGCUCUUCUCAGUGGCUGGACAGGUAAUAGAGCUGAAUUUUAUCAACGCGGAGAUAUUUGAAGAAAUUCUGAAUUACAUCUAUAGCGCCAAGAUCGUCCGGGUUCGCUCUGACAAGGUCAGUGAGCUCAUCAAAUCUGGCCAGACCUUAGGCGUGAAAUUUAUUGCUAAUCUAGGCCAACCUCUGGCUCACGUCAAGGGUUUACCUGACCUGUCUAAAGAUACAGACGAUGGGGAUGCCAAAGGUGCGCAAAACAGCAGUGGAAACGUUCCAGUAAAGAAUGACCUCAUUACUCAGGAGGAGGGGUCAGGAGCCAUGCCCAUCAUCACUGAGGCCUUUUCGCUGUCUGCAGAGGAGUUCAACGGUGACAAAUACAAGGAUGGGGACUCAGACAGUGAUGAUGUUCUUUUUGUAUCAAAACAGGGACCCCAGAAUACAAUGAGUUUUUGCAACACCAAAGAGAGCCGCAAGCCCUCUGAAGUUAUCAAUGUGGACGAAUCAUCUGCAGAGAAAGAUUUAGGUUCCAAGGAAGAUGUAGGGAACAGUACUGAAGCCAGCUCUGCUGCAACAAAAAAGGAUGGUAACGUGGAGAGAAAAGACCAUAGGCCUUCACCUGAAACAGUGGAGGAUAACCAGUCUUUCAUUCCCAACAGCUCAUCUCAAACACAUCCUGACUCUACCUCCUUGACUUCCCCUAUGGAGCAGGAGUCCCCAGAUUCCAGCACCAAUAUGCCUCCAUCACCUUCUGGCUCAUCCUCACAGGACAAUCUCUGCAGCCUGCCAGCUCUUCCUGGACGGAAAAAUGGUUCUUCUGAGGAGCCUCGCAGUAGCCCCCUAGCCACAAAUAACCACAAAGUGAUAGGGGUCCAGAAGAAACGCGUGACCACAGUUGUAGAGAAGUCAACAGAUAAACCUGGAGAUUUCAAGAUCAAACUCACUGACGUGAGGUCUGAAAAUAGCCCCAAAGAUGUAAUGCGGGGCAAAAAGAUGUCAGACUCACUUGACUCACUCUCUUCCAGCUGCAAGAGCUACACUGACAUUGGGGAGCGGAAUUAUGACAUUGUUCCAGCAAAAGACGACCCAGGAGAAGGGGACUCCAAAGCCAGCCGGAAGCGGAAGUCUUCACCACAUAGUCCAGACAUGCCCUCCUCAGGGGCCCGAGGGAAAAAGAAACCAAAAGUUGGGUUGGAUGACCAUUAUGAGCUCAUUAUGGAUGGGAAGACGUUCUACGUUUGCAUCGUGUGCAAGCGGCCCUAUGUGUGUCUGACUAGUCUGAAGCGCCAUUUCAACGUCCACUCCUGGGAGAAGAAAUACCCCUGCCAUUACUGUGACAAGGUCUUUGCCCUUGCAGAGUACAGGACGAAGCAUGAGAUCCAGCACACGGGUGAGCGGCGGUACCAGUGCUUGCUUUGCAGUGCAUUUUUCAUCAACUACCAGCUGCUGUCGUCUCACUGCAAGCAGGUGCACAACCAGGACCCCUCAGGCAGAAAAGAGAAAGAAGACACAGACAACAACCUGUACCGUCUGCUACCCUGUAGGACCCUGGAGAUCAAGUCCUAUUCUUACAUGUCUGAUGAGCCGGGCACAAUCCCUAUCAUCAAUGAGGAUGGUAUUGUCUAUCAUGUGGACCCUAGAAAGGCAUCCGGUGCCAGCCCAGGGUCUCCCUCAGUCCAGGGCAGGGUGGUGAAUUGGGAUGAUAUCUUUGUAGAAUCGGGGAGACAGUCUCGCUCAGAGAGCUGUGCGAGUCCUUCUGAAGACACACCGGAGUUUGAGUUUGUUAUACCAGAGACUUACUGAGCCCAAGGCCAGACAGUGCUGGGAAUCGUGCCUUUUAUGAUGGGGUUCUGUUUAUGUGUUGUUCUGGGAUCCAGGGCAGAUAUCUGUACUUUUAACUGUUUAGCCGUUUGUUUUAAAUUCACUGUACGUUUGGAAAGCUCCCUUGUUUGUCAGCACUAGCACAGUGAUUCUUGGUGUUUGUAACCUUUUCUCUCCUAUGCUGCUUGAGUGUUUACUGACCCCUACAUGACAAAAAUUGCUGUCAUGGGUACUGAACUCUUAGCAAUUGUCAGGACACUAGCACAUAUUAAG